GAACAAUUUGAUUUUAUUGAUUGCAUUUCCCGGGCGAAGCGUCUACAGCGCAUGCUCGAGAAAAUCGCUCGGAAAAUUCGUGUCUGCGGCUGCAAAGGUUUGCACUGUUGAGAUCGCGUUUUCUGUGAGUAUCGACAACAAGUUACGAUGGGUAAAGAAAAGACUCACAUCAACAUCGUGGUGAUCGGCCACGUGGACUCAGGCAAGUCCACCACCACCGGUCAUCUCAUCUACAAAUGUGGAGGCAUCGACAAACGUACCAUUGAGAAGUUUGAGAAGGAGGCCCAGGAAAUGGGCAAGGGCUCCUUCAAAUACGCAUGGGUACUUGACAAACUGAAAGCAGAACGCGAGCGCGGUAUUACAAUUGACAUCGCCCUGUGGAAGUUCGAAACCGCCAAGUACUAUGUUACCAUCAUCGACGCCCCCGGCCACAGGGACUUCAUCAAGAACAUGAUCACUGGUACUUCUCAGGCCGACUGCGCUGUAUUGAUCGUGGCAGCGGGCACUGGAGAGUUCGAAGCGGGUAUUUCGAAGAACGGGCAAACUCGCGAGCACGCCCUCCUCGCGUUCACUCUCGGCGUCAAGCAGCUGAUCGUAGGCGUCAACAAAAUGGAUUCCACCGAGCCGCCCUACCACGAGGCACGCUAUGAAGAAAUCAAGAAGGAAGUGUCCUCUUACAUCAAGAAAAUUGGUUACAACCCGGCGACGGUGGCGUUCGUACCGAUCUCGGGCUGGCACGGCGACAACAUGUUGGAGCCGUCCGACAAAAUGCCCUGGUUCAAGGGGUGGACCAUCGACCGCAAGGAGGGCAAGGUCGAGGGCAAGACCCUUAUUGAAGCUUUGGACGCGAUCCAGCCGCCGUCCCGGCCCACGGAGAAACCACUACGUCUGCCUCUACAGGACGUGUACAAGAUAGGUGGCAUCGGCACUGUGCCCGUGGGACGCGUCGAGACCGGCAUUCUCAAGCCCGGUAUGGUGGUGGUGUUCGCCCCCGUUGCCAUUACCACAGAGGUGAAGUCUGUGGAGAUGCACCACGAGGCUCUACAAGAGGCAAUGCCUGGCGAUAACGUCGGUUUCAACGUCAAGAACGUAUCGGUGAAGGAGCUGCGUCGUGGCUAUGUCGCUGGAGACUCCAAGAACGCUCCGCCUAAGGGAGCUGCCGACUUCACUGCUCAGGUGAUCGUACUAAACCACCCGGGCCAGAUCAGCAAUGGCUACACGCCCGUGUUGGAUUGCCACACCGCUCACAUCGCCUGCAAGUUCGCCGAGAUAAAGGAGAAGUGCGACCGUCGUACUGGCAAGACAACUGAGCUAGAACCGAAGUCUAUAAAAUCUGGCGACGCGGCCAUCGUGAUGCUGGUGCCGACCAAGGCGCUGUGCGUGGAGUCGUUCCAGGAGUUCCCACCGCUCGGCCGCUUCGCCGUGCGCGACAUGCGCCAGACCGUCGCCGUCGGUGUCAUCAAGAGCGUUACUUUCAAGGAGGUUACAACGGGCAAAAUCACCAAGGCUGCCGAGAAGGCCCAGAAGAAGAAAUAACUAUCGGGCACCUUGAAUAAAGAACAGCAGCCUGUAACCAUCGUCUGUGGCGCUGAAUCACCCACUCGUGCAUGUUUCCCCGAAUCUCAUUCAUUUCGGUCGUUGGCCUCGUCAUCCUCCAUCGUUAACACUUCAGUCCUGGCCCCGCCCCCGGCGUCAACGCGGCUAUCAGACGAUGGUUACGAUGCGUCAAGCAUUAGUAAACAGUACCCACUAUCACUGUCAAAUCCCCGUCGAGUGCGACCCUCCCUAGCGCCCCCUCAAGAUCGGAGCUUCUUCACUGGUGACAUCAUGCUCGCCCCUAACAAAUGCAUUUAUCAUAGCUCGAUAUUUUUAAAGUUAGUUCGUUUUAGUUACGCUUAUGUAUUAAGUUUAUGUCUUCGUGAUUAUGUUAGUCGUAAGUUACUUGCCAAGCUUGAGUUUCCGUAUUUGAAAGCUCGUUACCUCUUAUUUUUCCAUCGCAAGGAGUUCAGGAGGAAAAGCAAUGGAGACAUGAUUGAAUUUUUAAAUCAUUUCACUGCACUAUAUUUUGUUAUCUUUAAGUACAAACUUAUUUAAAUAUGUUUAACUUUUUCAUAAGCUCAUUGUACUCUUUAAUAGUUACUACUCAUUCUAAAUGGCAGUUAGGAUACUUAUCUAGAAUCAGUAUUUUUUCAACGUACUUAAUUUUUAUUUAACUUGACUACAUUUUUUUUCGAAACAUUUCUUUAUUCAAAAUAUUUUUGUUCACUUUAAUGAAUAUUAAACAUUCAAUAACGUUAUGAUUAUGGAGUUAGGAAUGUUAGCGGUUUAAAAGUUUGUAAGUAUUGAAGCUUGUAAGCAUCAGAGUGUAGAAAUUGAGGGUGUUUGGUUGUAAACCAACACUCUAUAGUUGAAUUAGGCAGUAUGAAAAAGCGUUUAAAACGUUGAUAGAAUUGAAGCUUUGUAAAGAGUAGGUAGUGAUUUUGUUCCUAGUUAAAAACAGAGUAACGUGUUAAGAUUUAAAUAUUCAAUAACCAAUCCAUGCCAUUUCCUUGAAAAAUGACUGUUUUAAAGUUCUUAUUACAUACGGAAUAACAAACUCAAGACAAGAACUCAUUUUAAGCUAAAUGUAACUUUGUAAUUUUUUCAAUAAUUUUGUAAAGACCUUUGAUCCUGAUAAACCAAUAAAGAAGCUACUGGUAUGUA